AUGGCGGAAAAGCAGGAUAAGAUCCAUGACAUUGAGGCAUCAGUGCCAAUGACUCAUGUGCCUUCACAGCCGGGCGAGAUCCUCAAGGGAGACAAUGUCACUCAUGAUGCAGUCUUUGGCCUGGUCACCGAAGAUGGACCUAAUUAUCGCGAUGUCAGUUGGUUGGGAACUGUCGCUUUGAUGAUGAAGACCCAGAUCGGCUUAGGCGUUCUUUCUAUUCCUUCUAUCUUUGACACACUGGGGAUGAUUCCAGGUGUCAUUCUGCUUUGCAUUGUUGCAGCAAUUGCCACAUGGACAAGCUAUAUAGUCGGUGUCUUCAAGAUCCGGCAUCCUGAAGUUUAUGGCAUUGAUGAUGCUGGUGGCUUAAUGUUCGGUCGAAUUGGCCGAGAAAUCUUUGGUCUUGGAUUUUGUCUUUACUGGAUUUUUGUUGCAGGAUCGGGCAUACUUGGCAUUUCUAUCAGUUUAAAUGCCAUCUCGAACCAUGGAACAUGUACUGCUGCUUUUGUUGGUGUUGCCGCCGUCAUUGGAUUCUCACUCGCCAGCAUUCGAACCCUUGGCAAAAUCACUUGGAUCGCGUGGGUUGGUUUGAUUUGCAUCCUUGCUGCCGUUCUGAUUGUCACUGUCAGCGUUGGCAUUCAGGAUCGACCAUCCUCUGCGCCCCAGGAGGGCCCUUGGUCUUCAGAUUUCAAGAUAACCAACUCACCAACAUUCGCACAAGGAGUUGCUGCCAUCUCAUCACUAAUCUUCGCAUGCUCCGCUACACCCGCCUACUUUGCUAUCGCCGCCGAAAUGCGUGACCCGCGUCUUUUUACCCGAUCGCUCGUAGUUAGCCAGGUUGGGUCAACUCUGAUAUAUCUCGUUAUCGGCGUCGUGGUAUACUAUUACUGCGGGUCUGAUGUGGCUUCUCCUGCCCUGGGCUCUGCCGGUCCACUUAUCAAGAGGAUCUCUUAUGGAAUCGCUUUACCCGGUCUUAUUGCAUCCACCACUAUUGUUCUACAUCUUCCAAGCAAAUACGCCUUCGUUCGCAUUUUACGAAACUCAGACCAUCUGACCUCGAACAGUUUGAUCCAUUGGGGGACCUGGCUCAGCUGCACAUUGACUUCGACAGUCGUAGCCUACCUCAUUGCCAGUGGUAUUCCGUUUUUCAACAGUCUUGUCUCCCUCAUUGGCGCGUGUCUAGGUGCUUCGUUGGCUUACCAGCCCACCGGCUGUAUGUGGUUUUACGAUAAUUGGAAAAGCACUGACCGAACUUGGAGAUGGAAGUGCAUGGCUUGCUGGAGUGUCUUUGUUAUUUUGAUCGGAACAUUCAUGACCGUGGCUGGCACUUAUGGCUCGGUUGUUAGUAUCAUUGACUCACUUAAAGCUGGUGGCUCGAAGCCAUGGACUUGUGCGGAUAAUUCCAACUCUUGA